AUGACCUUUAAUUCCGAUGAACAAUUGAAGGAGUUGGUUGGUACCCUAAUAGGGAACCCAUUCGCAAAAGUUCAAUUUUUUGUGGCACCCAACAGUCAAAUAUUUGAUGUAUUGCUUUCAGUGAAUGAGAGAGGCUCGGUGGAGACCAUUAACACCAAAUUAGAUCUUCUUCUCCUGCUCAUAAAUUUCGAACAAAAUAUUAGGGAUAAGUUAGGGGUAUUAUACGUAGACGUUGUCAGGAGGAUAAUGAAUGAGUUUGAACCACAUAUGAUGGUAUCCAUUGGGAAUGCUACAACUACUUAUAAAUUUGCCAAGUUAAUAUCGUUAUGCGUUAAAAACUGCCCCAUUUGCGAAUAUCCACAUGCACCGGCCUUACAAGAUACAUUAAUGCAACUCAUAAAAAAUGAAAACGACACCAAAGACGAAAAAAAUGCUUUAAUAAUGUUUCUUGACGUCUGUUUAAGGUUAAGGAAACAAUAUGAUUUGAAUUGGUCACUUAUACAUAUUCCUAAUCUUGAAAUGCUCAUUCUGAGAAUUAUUUCAAAGUAUCUGGAUCAAGUAGAUUUCAAAUAUGUUUUACCCGUUAGAACAUCGAAAAAUAAAAAACUAGAUUAUUCACCGUUUAGCAAUAAGGGUUUGAAAUCGGUUAAUAUUGUACCUAAUUCUGUUGAUAUUCCAGAUCCCUUGGAUAGACAGUUAUUGGCAUCAUCGUUAGUGUUCCAUUCAAAUAUUUUACAAGAAAAUGAAGACAAGAAUGAAUUUAUAUGGGGGAACCCUUAUGCCAAUCUUUUUAUUCUAAGCUUAUUGAAAAAUAAUGAUAUUACCUUAAGUUGUUCUGCUCUGCUUUCACAACUACAACCAUUAAUGCAUUCUCCAAGUGGCUGGGAAGAUAAAAACACUUUGAAGAAUGUACUACCAUAUUUAUUGGAGACUUUCAACUAUAAGGACAUUCCGUGGUGGUUCGAUCCUUUUACGUAUUUGACUUCUUUGAUUGAUCUUUAUAAUAUUCAUGACCCUUUCUCAAAUCCAGUAUGUUUGUUUCUUUCCAAAUCAGGAAUAAUUGAGAAGUUUACCCUUAUAUUCAAUGAAUGUCUUGCUCGAAAACGGAAAGAUGCAGGAACAUUGGAAGUAAUAAACAAGCUUGUUAGAUUUUUUGCAUCUUAUUCUGCAUUUGAUGAAGGUGGUCGUUACUUCCUCCUCGAAAAUAAAUCAUUAUUGGGUUACUUGGAAGGGUCCAUUCAGUCACAUCUUGCGACAUUGAAAAAAUUUCAAGAAUAUCUGCCUACUUUACUCGAAUCAACAUCAUCACAGAACCCAUUGGAAAUUCCUCAACUAUAUGACAGUGGAUCUGUAUUAUCAUGGUUAUUACUUUUGAAAUCAUUUUCAAGAAGUGUCACAGCAUUGAGAACAACCUUAAAACGAAACAAUCUGGCCAACUUACUCCUGGAUUUAAUCAGAUUAAUACAUGAGAUAUUUGAGAAAUUUACAUUAAACAACGUUAAGGCAUCCAACUUUUUAAAGGCAGAAAUGAAAGUAAUGGAAAUAACGUUAGGUUGCAUUUGUAAUUUUGUCGUUGAGUUUUCGAAUUUACAAUCUUAUAUUAUUUCCAACGGAAUAGUGGAUAUCAUUAGUUCUAUUUUAGAAGAUCCAUUAUUUAAUUCAGAUAGACCAUGGACGCCCCGUGAGAGAGAGUUUGUAUUUGAAGAUGUUAACACAGAUAAAGUCAAGACUAAUUCCCUAUGGGUGCUAAGACAUUUAAUGUACAACUGUCAAAAUUAUGAAAAAUUAGAGUUAUUAAGCAAAAUCUCAAUGGAGACCAUAUUGGAAUUUAUUAAUGAUCCUUGUUGGAAAGUUCAAGAGCAAUGUUUCCAAUUAAUAAGAAAUUUAACAUGUAAUUCAAGAAAAGUGAUAAAUAUGCUCUUAAGAGAGUUCAAAGAUGUGGAGUAUAGUACGGAGUCUGGUCUCUCCGGGCAAACAUCAGUUGGUUCCACUUAUUUAUUUGAAUAUCUAGCAAGGAAAAUGAAAUUAUUAAGUCCAGAUGACACUAUUCAGAAAAAGAUCUUAGAAGGUAUCUUGUAUAUUAUAGUCAAUCUGGCAGCAGUUAAUGAGAAUAAAAAGAGGCUUGUCAUUGAACAAGAUGAGAUUUUAGGUAUUAUUGCAGAUAUCUUAAGUGAAAAUUCAAAAAAUAAAGAAGCUCAAAAAUACCACUAUGGGAAUGAUACCAAUUUGAAAUUAGCAUGUUUGUGGAUAUUAAAUAACCUUUUGUGGAAUUCAUCAAUUGACCAUUAUGCUCAAUUUGGGGUCGAAGAUUAUUCCUCGGACGUUGAGAAUAACAGUGGGGAAGAAGGUGAAAGUACCAGUGAGGAAAAGGGUAGCAUGCUUCUGGAUUUGCGAAAACCUGAUAUGAUGAGUUCAUCAAAUAAUAGCAAUAGAAAUAUAGCAGGAGAUACUGAAGAAAUGUUUGUUCGUUCCAAUGAGAUGGAAUCAAUGUCGGUUAGCUCCGCGGCAAAAUCAAGAUGUCAAAAACUUGUUGCUAUUGGCAUAAGAUCUUUGGUUAAAGACAAUGUUUUUGAUGAGUCUCUAUCGGUUAGAGAAAAGGCUAGGACGUUAUUGUACCACAUGGAUGCAAUUCUUAAAGGUGGUGAGACAGACGAAGGAACAGAUGAUUAA